GUCCACAAAGAGUACAAUGUCCAUUUUCUUUGUACAUUGAAUAUUGCCCCUCCGCUUGAAAUGUUGGAUGGUAUUGUGGACCAACUUGAAGAAUCAUGGAAGCAAGGCAUCUGGGCCUGGGACUGUGUUCACAAGGAGUAUGUUCUUAUCAUUCCAUCAGUCUUGGCCUUACUUGGGGACAACCCUAUGCAAAGUGAAAUGGCCUGUCACAUUGGGUCGAUGGGAAAAUAUUUUUGCCAUGUUUGUAAAGUGAAGGGGCACGAUACAAGUGCGGAGAGCAAC